AUGAGACGCUCGAGCUGUCGGACGCCGCUUACACUGCGAGGACAGAGACUUGGCGAUUUUGAGUUUGGCGGGGAGCCGAUUGGCGGGGGAGAUUCGUCCCGUGGGUCCAUCUCCGCCGGCGGCGGCACCGUGAACGAUUCGGAUGUCAACCUUCGACAGAUUCAGCAAUCUACGCAACGUGUCGGCUCGACGCUCGCAAGCAAGGACGCCGACGCCGCGUAUAAGGAGUAUGCCAAAGUCAAGGAUCAUGUAGCCUUAUGUCGGGCCCUGUUGCGCAACUCCACGCCCGCGCCCGCGCACGCGCACACAUCCACUUCGCCCGGGCCGCCAGGGCACGCGAUGAUCGGGGCGGCGUGGGCGGAGGGGGGCCGGGAACCGUCACGGGAGUCGUCGCUUGAGGUGCCGCAGAGCCCUGCGUCGAUAUUUACUCGGUCUUCUUUUAGCGGGAGGAGUCUUUCGGAAGUGACGACCGGCCAGAGCGCCGGAGGUUCACGUCCAGGGCCAGGGCCAGCCAUGCGUGAGAUUUGCCUGUCUGCCGUCCGCGACUGGAAGGGAUGCAUCGAGUCGCUCGUGGAAGCGCUCGAGAUCUCGCUAUCAGAGACGUAUCGGAACUACGAGCCAGAUGCCACGCCGAGCAUGGUGAAGUCGCUCUUCCAGGAUAAAGUCUUCCGCGCCGCCGCGAUCCAGCAGAUGAGGCGGACCAGUAUCGUCAAGACGUUCUCGCCUAGCCCAGAUUUCUUUCCGCUUUAUGAUAUACGGUUUAGGAACCACGACCGGGUGAAGCAGGAUCUUGUCGAGGUCACGCGUGUUCUGCAGCUGGGAGAGUCGGGUGUUACGGAUGAGAGGCCGGUGAAGGAGCUUAAUAUCGCGCCGCGAGGGGACGCCGUUCUUGAGUUUGCGAAUAUCGGAGCCGGCGAGACGGAAGCGCUGCUACCCGUGCUGCGGUAUCGUGUCUCGUCGUUUUUGCUAGCUGAGACGUCGCCCAUCUUUGAGAGGAUGUUCACCGAGCACGCGCACAUCGAGGUCCACGACGACGAGGACCUAACAACUCAACUCGCGCCCCCGCCGACACCAUACAUCUGCCCGGACGGCACCGAAGCAAAACUCUACCGCAUGCCGCAGCUCGAGCUCGACCGCGAGCAAGCGCUAACGAUCCUCCUGCACGCAGCACACAUGCACAACGACAAGAUCCCGCGCGAAGUGACUUUCGAGCAGCUCGUCGCCUUGGCGGAGGUAUGUCUGCGGUACCGGUGCACGUCGCCGCUGGAGCUGUUUGUCGAGCACCGCUGGCUGCCGCAGUGGAUCCACCGGGGCAGCGAGGCGAUGCCAAGGGGUUGGUUGCUGAUUAGCUAUGCGUUUGGAUUCCGGCAGCUGUUUACGCGCAUGUCCAAGACUGUUAUACUGAAUCUCGUGGAUGAGGAGGAGUUGGAGGGGAUGGAGUGGCCGAGGAGGAUCAAAGACAAGGUUUGGGGGGUGAGGGGGGCCAAGAUGGCGCAGGUUGAGGAGUGUUGCGUCAGUACGAUUCGGGAGUACUUGAGGCCGGGCUGUCGGGGUGAUGGUGUGGUGCCGUCGCAUCAGGUUGGAGACCGCGUGCCGGGAUCGAUGUCGUCUUCCGAAGUUUCGUCCGCUACCACGACGGCCGCGAAUGUUGUCCCGGCUUUGAUGUUCACCAGCACGCCCAGGUGUCCCAAGGGAAGCCACGGCUGCGACGCGACGAAUCUGGGCUGGCUGAUGCUCAUCUACGGCGAACUGGAGCUUUUGCCCACCAUCAUGAACCCAUCGGUACUUGGGCACCUAGCUGGCGGCGGCUCCCAGCAGCAGCAACACUCACCACCCCGUCGAAGCCUAGCACAGCUCGUCGAUCUGCUGCGGACCAUUGCGAGUCCGCCGCUGGCGGUUCACAAGGGCGGGGUAUGCGAUCCCGCGCCGGCGUUCCACGCGGCCAUUAAUGAUAUAUAUAACAGCGUGUCUGGGUUGACGUUGCAUGAUGUCAGUGGGCGGGCUCACGGAUGGGGGUUGUCGAGGCACCGGUCUACGCAGCCGCAGGCUCAGGAGCGGGGGCAGGAGACGGAUGAGGGCAAGGUCCUCGAGAGGUCUGACGCAGUACGGUUGUUGGUUUUGGAAAGGUGUGUGGACAGCGUGGAGGACUUACGUGCGGCGGCGAUGGUGAAUCGAGGGUUUUAUGAGACGUUUCGGAAGAAUGAGGCGGUGUUGAUGGGGAGGUUUGUCGGGGACGCGAGGUUGAGGACGUUGAUGAAGUUGACUUCUAUGGAUGUUGUUGCGGCGGGGGAGAAUAAGGUGCCCAAGGGGGAGGCUGAUGCUAUGAGGGCGGAGACGGAGGCAGAGGUCGUUCAGGGUGUGUUCUCUGACGGCGAUUUGGGGGGCCAGCUGAUUCGGACGCAGGGUAUGGAAGAGACUGUCACGGAUGUGUUCUUGGCUGUUCCUUCGUCGCCUGGUCCUGGAGGCGGCGGCGGCGAUGUUUCUGCAUUUGAUGAUAGCUCGGAGGACGAGGGUGAGGUGUUGAGCGAGGAUGAGGCUAGGCGGAUAUUGUGGCCUCCCGAGGUGAUGGUGCCGCCUGUGCGGGAGCCAUCUUCUUCGCCACGGCGGGUGCAAUCACAGCCUCUCGAGUCCGGGUCUGGGUCUGAUUUGAAUGCGGAGAAUGGGGUGAUGCGGGAGAAGUUCCGGGCUGGCGACACUGUGUUUGUGGAGGAAAAGAUGCUGUUAGAGGGUGAGGAGAAGCAUCUUCGAGAUGAGCGGGAUAGAAGGGUUGGGCUUUUGCCAGGGGACGGGUGA